GCCUUGCAGUUCGCGCAGACUACGGGUAUCGAGUGCACACGAGCAUGAUCACAUUUGCUUGGGCCGCUCGAAGUGUGGACUACAAAAUCAAAAAGCUGCCUUUCAAAUCCGAGUGCCGUUCGGCGCACGCCGCUUUGACUCAUCUCCUUCAAUCUGAUGACAGCGAGUAUGCCGUCUUCUACGAGAAGCACCAGGAAUUCUUGCGGCGGCAUGGUAAGGAUGCGGAAGAAAAGUUGCGAAAGAGGCCGUUGCGCUUCAUAGAGCAAGAAGGUCUGGAGUGCGCGCUAUGGCCGCAUCUCUAUUGGCGCCGCAACCUCUGUGAGACCGUGGCCAGGGCAGAGCACGAAAUUCGACAGGCUCGAAAACGCAAGGCCAAGCGCCAGAGCGUGGAGUUCGACACCGAAGACGAAGCCAGCGGCUCGGAGCCCAAUCCAGAGAGCCAGCAGGGGCCAGACAUCCAGCACAGCAAGCUUGGCAGGGUCAAGCGGGGCUUCAUUCGGAAGGUCUUGUCGCCCUUGAUCGGUUAUGGCACAGACUAUGAGCUCCUGCACUUCGUCUACGACCUGAGCAUGUGGACUACGGUGGGCACAAAGAAAAACAUUGCUCGGCAAACCGAUGUUCCGCUGCGUGUGCGCCAAUGCGGCAACGCUGCGUUGUUUCGCACUCGGGCACCCUAUGAGCUGACCUUUCCGUACCACGAGUGGGUCAUGCACGAGCAACGACAAGCGGGCCGUGCUCGAAUGCACCUGGCUGGGGCAGAGACCCUCCAUCAAGCCCAUGUCUUGCUGGAGUUGGACAAGGCUUUCAUGUCAGGCGCCCGGGGGAAGACGGGGCGAGCCGACAGAAUCUGGACGGAUCACCUGCUCGGUUCAAUGCCGCCAAAGAAUGUGGAGACCGUGCUGGGUCGCGUGACGCGACUAGAGUUUCAAGAUGGCAAAAGAAAGCAAGCCACGAAGUCCUAUCAUGGAAGAGGAACCACGCACAGUCAUUCCUUAGAUUUCCUGCAAAACAUCAAGGACAUUGGUUUGGAGCGCAAGAUAUCGGCACACUUGCCGAACAAGAAGCGGCAGCCGCUCUUGCACGGCAUCGUCAUGGACGGGCAAAGGGAUCGCACUAGCUCCAAGUUGCCGGUUCGAUCGAAGCCAUCGAAGUGGGACGACAAAACUGGCAAGGUGCUCCUCAAACACACCCAAGAAGAUCACGACUUGCACCUACGAGCCUACUUUCCCACGACGAUGGAAGUCACCAAGUGCCACGAAGAUGUUCAACAGCCGGACGGCAAUGGCGCUGUGCUCCGCUAUGUUGCCACCUACUCCCUCAAGUUCAGCGACUCCAUGGACAAGGAAUGGCUCAACGAGCAGGCCUCGGACUACAGCGUGGCAAGGCGCAUUCUCUUCAGCUAUCACCCGCUGGAGCCUGAAAUGUGGCUGACCCUCGCGCAGGAGAGGUUUCCUCAGGUGGACUACAAGGGCACUCUCGUGAAUCUGUUUGCGCCCUUGCCAGACGCGGAGGAGGCUAAGAAGCCCAAGCUGCUCAAGAACUACGAAGACUCUGGUUGGCGUCGGGACGACAUGCCUCUCAUCGAGUUCCUCCGAAAAAGCAAUGAAUCCGGCCAGAUCGUUCGCCACAUCAAAGACAAGCAUUUCCAGCACGCAGCCAAAAUGGUGGAGGAAGCCAUGCUCGAGCACGAGGUGCCCCCAGAAGAAGCUGCCAAGCGAAGCAUCGAGCUCGUCAAGACCUACAAGCGGCAAUGGCAGGAGGUGAGUACAUUGCCGGAGUUCUUGGAAGCGGAGUGGGAUGUCUGGGUGGAGGACCUGGAUGCGUUUGCAAACAGGUACAAGAGCCAAGCCGAAAAGCUGGUUGCGGCCAGCAUGUAUAGCAUGCUCAAUGACCGCUACUACGGGCAAUGGCUGGUGUUGCACAAGCCUUUCCUCAACAUGAAAGAUCUGGUCGACGACUUUGCCGAUCACAUGGAUCGUGUGCCGGCUCACUACCGCUACUUUACCAUGGCCUUGAAGGCUGAUCCCGCGUAUUGGGAGAACGACGACAAGAUCCGCAGCCAGAUGGAGCUCGAAGCUUACAAUCGAGCGAUGAUUGACACCAUCUUGCACAAGAUCAGGGCCCAAAGAAGCUUGGUUGGUCGAUACCUGAGUGGGGAGCUCGAUGCAACCGAAGAGAUCCAAUCCGGUGAGGAUAGCGAUGAGGAUGAUGGGGGGCAGAAGAAACGGCAACAGACCAGAAAAGCCUUGACCAAUUCACAAAAGAUAUUUCGUGGCUCCAUCAAACCCAUCAUGGACCGCGCGCUGCAAGCAUUUCAAGCAAAGGAUGAUGAAGAACAAGAAGAGCUCAUGGCAGAAGCGCUGGAGCACAACAAGAUGCUGUUUGCGAGCGGGGGCCCAGGCAGUGGCAAGACCUUCAUCUUGCAUGAUCAAAUCGAACGCUGGCAAGCAAAAGGUGCCCGCAUCUUGUUUGUCUUACCCACCGGGCAGCUUGCGGCGAACAUGCGGGCCCGACAUCCCCACGUUGAUGUGGACACCUACCAUGGCGGACUGCUAUUCCACAAGGAGCUCUCGGAAGCCUUAGGGAUCAUGACGCAGUACGACCUCAUCGUCCUGGACGAGGUCUCUAUGUUGACGGCCGAGCAGUUCGACCGGGUCCUCGCUAUGUGGAAUGCUGCAGACAAGCUUCCGUGCUUGCUAUUAGCUGGUGAUUUCUGGCAGCUGCCAGUGGUGAGCAAAACAGAAAAGCGCUGCGAUGAGAGUGGCCUGUGGAAGCCCAACGUCAAGGUCAUCAACUUCACAGAGCAGGUGCGAUGCAAGGACCCCGUUUUGCAGAAGUAUUUGACCAUGCUUCGGACGGCCGCUCCGACCAAGAGGCAGCUGAGACAGAUUUUGCGCGGUCACCGGGCUUGGACGACCACUGACCCAGAGGCGUGGGAUCUUCAAUGUUUGCUUCGGCGCAAGCCAGAUACCACCAUCGUGACCUGCACACGAAGAGCCAGCGCGCUGAUCAAUGAACUCGCUGUGGAAGUUCUCUUUAAAGGUCGACACAAGAAGUCCUUGGGAGAGAUUGAGAUGGAUUGGGAUAUGAAUGAGGCCAACUACCUCGCUGACGGCACUCUGCGGCCUGGCCCGCCGCAACCUUCCCACAAUCAGAUCUUCAGGGGAAUGCGCAUCUUUCUGACACGCAACCUGGACAAAGAAAACGGGUUCGUGAAUGGAAUGGCUGCCAUCGUGGAGGGAUAUGACCCUAGGAGCAAAUGCCUCCGUGUGGUCACCACAAUGGGGAAGCCGCUGGCCGUGCACCUCUACACAGAAGAGGUUCCAGGCCACGGAAACGCCACUUCCUUUCCUGUACGCCUUGGAUAUGCGACCACAAUUCCAAAGAUCCAAGGCGCGACUUUGCCGCACAUUACCAUCUGGCUAGACCGUCCCGGUUGCCGCGCGGCAGCGUACGUGGCAAUGUCUCGGGUGGAGAAAGCUGACGACUACAUGAUUGCUGGCAAGGUUGGGCCCGCCCAUUUCGUUCCAGCACAGUGA